AUGUUGCUACACCACACCAAGUUCAAAAGAUGCUUGAAACUCGAGGGACAGCCCAAGUUGGAGUCGUGGCUCCGUCUCAUCUAUUCCAAAUUCGUAGAUAUGAACUCUCAUCCGAAACAAUACACCAUUCCCCGUUCUAACAUGAAAGAACCCGAAGCAGUAAACUUUGAAGAAGGAGAUCUGGGCUACAAAUGGGAGAUAAAUGAAGAUUGUGAAAGUUGUUGGUUGUAUUGUUGGACUUCACAAUUGAAUAUAUUGAACUUUUAUCCUUUUAUUCAGAAGUAUAUUCAGGUUUAUAUUAUUUGUAGAGAAUCCGCUAUUAAAGAUAUCAUUGGGAAGAAUUUUUCUCCGUCGUGCUCUUAA